AUGAGUACGCAAGGUAGAUGCCUCGCAAAACGGAAAGUAAAACCUGUCGAACCACAAUCGUUAUUAGAUUUCGAUCUUGGUGAAGGCGAAAGCUCCGAUGAUUCAGAUUUUAGGAUUGAGGACCAUCCUGAAGAAAGUGAUGAUUAUUCUAUCAAUACGGACGACGAUGAUAAAAAAGAUGCAAACAGUUCUGAUGAACAAUCUGGGUCGGAUAUUGAAAACAAUUUUAAAAACACUACAAAUAAACUUGGGGAAGAAAUGUGCGUUAAAGAUCUACUUGAAAAGGCUAAACAGAAGGACUUCAAGUUUCCUGGUGAAUUGGCUAAUAUGCUAAUAUGUGCUGGUUGUUUGGGUUCAAGGAGUGAUGAUUUCAAUGAAAUUGUUGAAUGUGAUGGCUGUGGUGUUACUGUACAUGAAGGUUGUUAUGGGGUUUCUGAUGUUACCAGUGAAUCAAGUACAGUUAGCUCUGCCUCAACUGAGCCAUGGUUCUGUGAGGCCUGUAAGGCUGGUGUUACUGAUCCAAACUGUGAAUUGUGUCCUAAUAAAGGUGGCAUUUUUAAGGAAACUGAAGUAGGUGCUUGGGUACAUCUUGUGUGCGCGCUGUAUGUUCCUGGUGUCGCAUUUUCAGAGGUGGAACGUCUCUCUGGGGUGACACUGUUUGAGAUGGCUUAUUCGCGUUGGGGUGCCCGUUCGUGUGCUUUGUGUGAAGAUGCAAAUUUGGCGAGAACAGGUGUAUGCGUAGGAUGUGAUGCAGGAAUGUGCAAGACCUUCUUUCAUGUUACCUGUGGUCAGCGUGAGGGUUUAUUAGCUGAAGCGCAUUCCGAGGAGGUAGAGCAGGCUGAUCCAUUUUAUGCUCACUGCCGGCUUCAUUCAGAUAAAACACUGGUUAAAAAACGCAAAAGGAAUUGGCUGGCGUUACAAUUGAGGACAGAGAAAAGGAAAUUGGAAUUACAAAAUAAUCUGAGUACUGAAGAAAAACUCAGGAUACAACGGAAACUUGUUAAGUAUAGGAGGAAGUAUUCACAGCAAAAAGAAAACAGGAAUCCACCUUGGGUGCCCACUCAAAAGAUGGCGCGGAUGCUCUAUAGCAGUGCUUCAGCCAUGAGGAAGUUCCAGAAGAAAGCAGAAUGUAUGGGGAUAGAUACUCAUGCCCUUGAAUUUCAAGAUGCACAGAUGGCUGCGUUAAAAGAUGUUUCUCGAAGAUGGCAUGUGCCUCCGGCGUUUUCAGUGGAGUUUGUCGGUUACUAUUUAGAAAGGAACACUAGGGUGACGUCAUUACGGAGGUCUCUCGAACGUCUGACGGUGGAAAAUGAGAAAUUAUUGAGUGAAGAUGAUAAGCUGAGAUCUGAUUACGAUGAGGCCGCAAAGGAGAACACGGACGCUCUGGCGGAGUUGGCUUCCACGCGGGCGGCCUUGCUGAAGAUCUACGACGCGAUCGUCCUGGUAUCACCAAAACGCACAAUGCCUCCCAUAAUGGAGGAGAGGCCAUUAUUGCCGCCAACGCUCCAACGCUCCACGCCCAAAGUCACGCCGCAACAGCUGCAGAAACGGUCAAUGUGUGUACCCACCGCGGCUGCACUUAAGAUGGGCGUUGGUUUUCCUCUUAGCGACAAUCCGGACGCUCGCCAAGGAAAAGUGUUGUCGACUUCGCUCGAAGCCACGAGCGGCGCGCUGGCCGCCCGCGAGUGCGCCGCCUGCGGCCGCAGCAGCGAGCGCCACCUGAUGGCCGCCUGCGACACCUGCCGCCACCACUACCACCUGCACUGCCUCAAGCCGCCGCUGCAGCGCCCGCCCAAGAAGAGCAAGCUCUACGGCUGGCAAUGCUCCGAGUGCGACAAGACUUCGGACUCGGAGCCCGAAGUGCUGGAGAAGAAGGUGCCCCGCCGCUCGCGGAUACGGUACAGCAAGGACGGCGCGAUCAUCUCGGAGCCGCAAAGUCCCGGCUCGGUGGCCACAUCGCCGCCGCCCAGGAGGCCCGAGCGGGCCUACAGGCCGGAGAAGAGCAAGCCGAACGGGAUCGGCGCCGCCGAGAACCAGAUAUCGCCGAUCAAGGUCACCAUCAAGCCGUUCGAGUUCAGCGAGGAGAACGAGACCGCCGAGCCUAAGGUCCGCAAGAAGACGAAAUCGUCCAAGCAGAAGGAGUACUCGGCGUUCGGCGAGGAGCUCCCGUCGAAGAAGCAGCACAAGCGGAGCUUCACUUCGCCGACGCUGACCAACACACCCCUGAUGUCGAUAACGCCCAUCGUCGCCGACAGCCCUAACGACUCGAACAACGAGAACUCGAACGCGUCGUUGACGAACACCGUGAAGAGGGAAGAGGGCUACUUCCCGCAGAAUCUCUCGUUCUCCUCCCUCCUCGGCGACUCGAAGGAGAGGGACGCGAAGGCGAUCGAGAGCUCCAUCGAGAGCACCCUGGCGAACCUUUCCUCGGACAUUGCCACGUACAAAGCGAAUAGGAAGCGGAGGAAAGAGAAGCACCGGUCCCGCUACUCGCCGGACCUGCUGCGCUCCCCUUCGAAGUCCCACAAGCACAAGAGGAAAAAGAAGACCCAGGACAUGGAAAAUCCCGAGCCGCCGCACCCGAGGAUCACUAUCAAGAUCAAGCCUAUACCAAAGCCGGAUGGGUCGUUGGAUACGCAAAUGUUUUACGUUCCAACGGAUAGCAACGACGGCCCGCCGCCUGCUGUUAUGAAGAAACUGUCAAAGCAAGCGGCACAAAGUACCGAAAUAGAAGAAGCGAAAUCUCCAACGCAGACUCAAUCAACAACAGACGUCGUUAACCCGCAAUCCGAAGAGAAAAAAGAUAAACCAACGGAUAUCGCGUCGACUAAACCUAAGCGCUCCCGCGAGAGCAGGGCUCGUCGUAGCGGCGGCGGCGAGGGCGUUGCCCCCGCGGCGGCGCUGACGCCCCUCACGCACUGCGACGUGUGCUCGCAACCGGGCGACGCCACCAACCUCGUGCGGUGUGACGAGUGCCACAAAAGGUACCACUUCACCUGCCUGGAGCCGCCGCUAAACAAGAACCCGAAGAAGCGCGGCUACUCGUGGCACUGCGCCGACUGCGACCCAACUGACUUGGAGGAAAACAUC